UCGAAGAUUAUGUUUUAAUAAUUUGAAAAUUGAAAUACAAAAGUGUCAAAUGUUCGUGAUUAUAAAAAAAAAGGCCAAUGUGGAAAUAGCGUACUUUCCGACUACCAUUAUUCAAUUUACCGUUCGAUCGUUCGAUAAAAGAUUUUUUUGACGCCACAUUACAUAGGCCCCUCUUUUAUAUUUUAACCCCUUUGAAAGGGGUACAGCAACCCCUUUCCCCAUAAAAAGGGGUAGCUGCUAAAAAAGGGUGCUGCAGCAGCAGAAGUAUUGACUAUGCUUCUUCAGCGGUUUGAUACGACACAUGGGAUUUUGGCUGCUCCGUCCGAGCAUGCUCGGUAUCCCGGAGACUGCUGCUCGCUGUCCCUCUCCAACGUUCCUUACGGAGGAUAAACUCCUGGGGGUUGGCCGGGAGCUGCCUGUGAUUGGGCAGGCUCGUAUUGGAUCUACCCCGCGGACUACUCUGCAUGGAAAGGGUAGCUCAGUUCGCCACAAGCUGUUGUCAAAACUGCUUCGCAGUGUGUCUGUUUGCCAAGUAGUUGCCAGGAUGUCAGGAUUAUGUGAAGUGGCAGCUUUGAAAGGAGAGACGAAAGCUCGUGCGCGGGCGGCACAGGAUUACGGGAAUCGCAUAGACAGGCCUGUGAACACGUGCGAAAAUCUCGUGUCUCGACGUUUGCGCCUACGGCAUCGAUCGUUCUUCAGUUUAGCGUUCCUCGCAUCGGGAAAAUCCGAUUUCUCCUCACCUCAUCCCUUCGCACGCGUGCGAACUAUGAGAAUGACGGCGUGGAAGGACGCGACUGGUCGGCGAGACGACAAAUUACAGAGAACGAAACGAUGGCUGGAUCACCGUGCGCCGCGAGGAGACAUUAAAAUGCCGUGCCGCAAAAAUCGAACGAAGUGGGAGGCACCGUGGUGCAUUUUGCGUCACGGUCACGCAAAUCUGCUGUCGAUUGGCACGAGUUACGGCGUCGCGAAACGGUUGGCCGCGGACACGUUCGGAAGUCAAUGACGGAUCGGCAUAGGAAAGAAACGGAGCCAUUAACUGGCCGGCGAACAGAAGAAACGACCUCGCGAUCGCGCCGUGACGAGAAUCCGUCGCUGAUGUUGAUCAAUGCUGCAGUUCACGGGUUUAAUGCGAUCGACGGGAGGUGCUCGAGUCGCGAAAGUGCUCCAAAUGGCUCCGGUGAUGACUCACGACAAUAUCUCCGGCGACGUUAUUAUCAGAGAAUGGACCCACGAAUCGAAUUAAUUUUCUCAAACACGAAGCGGCUCGAUUGCGACCGCGUGGGCGAAAUUAGGUGUUCUCCAUUAGAGUGGUCCGACCCGUUUACAUUCACCGACCGGAAAUACAAGAUAGUACGGCUGCUUUUCAAUUUAUACGGAAAAGCUUCUUGUGUACCAUCGUUACAUUUCCGCAAGGAAUCGUACGCAACAAGAAGCCGGGUAGCCGACGGUGGUCGGCGGCCGUCAUUGAUCUCCUGUUAGAAUCGGAUCACUUCGAUGUAACAAGAUAAAUAGUCAGCGGGACACCGUCGGUGGUCGAGGGUGCGGAUCGCGGAGUCAUGCUGACUAUGUAUCUGAUCAAGAGAAUCGAGUAUGCGCACGCUUGUCCGAUCUGGGAGUACUUAACGUGUACACCAUGAAGGUUCGCUGGUCGCUCGACAAGCCGAUGGGACACUUUUCAAUUCGCUUACACGAGAUGAAGUCGUCGGUCGGGCCUGUGCGUGAGAAUUAAAUAUUACUGGUAAUUCUUAUCUCUUGGCAUAAUAUUGUUUCGCGUAGACGAAAAAUAGCGAGCAAACCGUAAUCGAUUUACUUACGCUACAACGACGAGAAAAGCGAUAAACGAUUGACUAAGAAUCACCGAAGCAAGAACUAUAUCGGAUUGCGCAUCAUCUAACCGCAAAUCUCACGAUCUAAUGACAAAUUCUCGCUUUAACGUUUCUCAUGGCGCGCUCACCGGCGGGGAACCCCCAGGCUUCCGAACAGCGCGAGCCCGAUCGGCUUUUUAUCCCCGUGCCGGUUUUUGCACGAUCAUCGGGACUUUCGUCACGGCAACACCCGGGCACGUGACGCCGUGAACACGGUGUUACAGGUGUUUGCGCCCAUCCACAGUCUCGACUAUGAUGACAUCCUUUCGAAUCGAUUCGUCAGACUUUCCCUCUCCUGGAUUUUUGUCUCUACCACCCGCGAGUGUGAAAUGGUAACGUUCCAGGAAAACGUCAACCGAUCGCGCGAGACUAUCGACCGAUCGACCGGCC